UGUGUGCGUGUGUUCGUGUGUCCGUGCGGUGCGUGCCUUUGCUUCCAAAAUUGUUCAAUGUAAAAAUAAACAUUCGAUUAAGUUUUUAAAACAAAAGGCAACCUUGAAAAGGCACCAAAAAAGCAUCGACAAGCGGGCAGCGCUCUUUUGGCUUUUCGCUUUCGGCGGCUAUUUUCGUGUGUGUGAAAUGCCUGCCGCUUGGUUCUAAAUAGUUUUUCCAAUCGGAAAAUUGUUCUCGAGAACAAUUGGAAAUACACAGCUCGUGGUGCACCUUCCACUCGUUAAUAUUCCGCGACGGUUGCAUCCUGUGUGGAAUUGUGUGCUUGCAUUUAUGUAACUCUCUGUAAAUCUCCUGUUCAAAAGGCAACAACUACGUUCAGGAAUUCGCUGGAGUCCCCGCACCCCUACGCCCACGCACAACAAUCUGGUGGUGGUGGCAGCAUGGAGUAGCAGACGUGGCACGCCACGCACCGUACACUGGAGCAGGUGUAGACCGGAAAGCGGCACAGGCAUGAGACGCUAAUGAAUUAACUAAUUAAAAAGGAGCAAACCGGGCAAAAAAUAGGCGUUAACCCGUCAUACAAUCCGUUAGAGAGCAAAACCUGAGAGUCUCCUGUUUGAAGCAUCGCUAGCGUUAGCACAGAAUGACAUCAUACGCAAAUGACACAACGACAACCACAACCGCAGCAGCGGCAGCAGCUGGAGCUGGAGCUGGAGCAGGAAAUGCAGCAGCAGCGGCAGCAGCAAUCGGUGGCGCAACCCAUGGAGGAGUAGCAGGCGUGGCUGGUGCAGUUGAAUCAUCGAGAGUCAAGGACAAGAGCAGGGAUACCCUGCACAUUGGUGGCCGAUACAGCGACGACGACGGCAACAGCUCUGACGGACGCGAGAAGGCCGACACCACGCCCGAAAACAUCAAGAAAAUAGCCGAGAUCAUGGACCAGUCUGUCGAUAAAGUUGUCUCUGCACCGGCCACGCCCCAAGCGCAGUCGCAGCAUCCAUCGCCCCGCCAUCAGCUGCUGAGUCAGGUGAAUCCGGGCUUUGUGGGCCUGGGCGCUGCCAUCGAUGAGUCAAGCGGCAAGUUCUGUCUUGGCAAGCCGCCGCCAUCGCCGGCCGAAAAAGCGGCGGCAGCACAGAGCAGAGCGAACCAUCAGAAGCAGCAGAUCGGCAACAACAGAGUGAUCGCUGGUGAGGCCGAGGAGGAAGACAACUCAACCGAAUCCAACUCAACGACGACUGCCACAAAGCAGGCGCUAGCCUUCACCAUAGACCACUUUGAGGCCUCGGAGAACGAUGCCGCGGCACAGGCGGCACGCUACAAGAACAUGAUGGAACGCUUCCAGAAUCGCCACAAGCGUGGGGCAUCCAUGUCCAAGCUUGAGACGGAGAAUGUUGCCACCACAACGACGGGCACGAACAGCGGCGGGCGGCAAUCGCAGCGGAGCAGCCUGGAUGCCGGCAGCAGCAUGGCCGACGACACGCCCAGCUCCGAGCAGGCGCCGCAGGUGCGACUGCGCGUGCGGGAGCGAAGUGCCUCACGGGUGCGAGAUGCCUCCAAGCGGCACAGCUGGUCGCCACGCAGCUCAGGGACCAGCGCACCCGAACCCGCGCCAGCGCCCACGAAUCGUGCAGCGAGCAGAUCGAAGCUGCCACCGCCAGCUGCGAACAAGGGAGCCGCCAAUUUAGUGGCCUCUGCGAAGGGAACCAAAGGAGCCGCCAAUUUGGUGGCCAAUCGCACCGCCAAUCAGUUUACGCCACGAUCCACCGCCAUGCAGCUGGCACUGCGGCAGGUGGAGAUGCUGUGCCCGCAGCCACCGCUGGCCGAUGGCAAGUCGCUGUCGGAGGAUGCUGUCAGCGAGGCGGGCACCUACACGCUGGACGGCGACAACUACACGGAGGAGCAGAAGGAUCUCAUGAAUAUCGAUCGCAAUGCAGCAGCAGCGGCAGCCAAAGCCGCAGCCGCAGCCGCAGCAGCAGAAGCCGCAACGGGCGUCAAAAUGCGACCCAAGCAGCUGCCAGUGAAGUCAAAUCGUGGCAGCAAUGUGCUGGAAGUGAACUUCUACCACGAGACACCGCUGCAGGAGCAUCCAACGCAGCAGCAGAAGCAAUCGCAGACACAGAAGAGCAGCACGGGCGCGUACUUGGAUCAGUUGAAGAGUCGCGUGCUGCGGCAGCAGGCGCCACUGUCUCCCCCGACUCCACCCUCGCCGGCUGCGGAUGUGGGCUGCUUCACCAGCGUCACCACCAGCGGAGUGCUGGCCAAGCAGCGGGCACUGGACACGCAUCCCAACAAGCUGACGCGUCAUAGCCACAGCCACAGUCUGUCCACCUCCCAGAUCGAUAGCUCCGAGUAUGUCAGCAACGAGGCCAAGCUGAGGCACACUCAAGCGCUGUCCGGCUCGGCCACAGAUCGGCAAAAGGCCGAAUAUCGCCUCAAUGUGUUCACCACCAGCACCACACAACAACAGGCACCACAUCAUCAGCAUCAGCAGCAGAAACAUCAACUGCCAGAGACACCGCCCACGCCCACACAGACCUCGGACACGGCUCUGAUGCAAACGGCGCAGACGAAGCAGGAUUGGAUACAGGAAUGGGCGAGGAAUGCACGGGCACGCAGCCUGGCGCAGGAUGUGAGUGGCACCAGCGCUAGUCGACGGCAACAGCAGGCCCAAGCGCAGGCACAAGCACAGAAACUGAUGACACGAAGCUACAACUGCUCGGACACUGGCGGGGACUCGCUGACCGACGACAGCCUCAGUUUGUACAAUCAGCAGCGGCAGUAUGCGGCCGCCGCCAAGCUAAAUCGGGGUCUAGCGGAGCGCUACCGGCUGUUGGGCGACUGUGACUACGCCAGCGAUCCGGCGUUGUGCAGUCACGGAGGAGGAGGACAGGCGGUGGAGCCGCCGUAUAAGCCACCCAAGAGUCCCAGCAAGAUACCCUCGCCGUUGCACACGCUGGGACGUACGCGCAGUGCCAGUCGCUCACGGCCACAGACCGAUGCCUAUCUGGAGCAAACGGCGGCGGCCAUCAGCAAUCUGCAGCAGUCGCUGUCGCGCAGGAGCUCCGUCAAGUCACCGGCGCAGAGCAGUCCGCAGCAUAGCCUGGAGGCAGGAGCGGGCGGUGGCUAUCGCAGAUCGCCGCUGCAUCGAGCGCUCAUGACCAGCAGCAUCAACGAGGCGCAGCUGCAGCUGUUGACCAGCGGAGAGUAUCUGCUCAAGCAGCUGCGGCGCCGCAAGAACUCACUGGACGAUGUGGAGCACGUGGAGCAUUUGUACGAUUACGAGAAGGCGCCUCCCGAGGCGGCUGCCCCGUUGUCGCCGCUGCGUCGUUCGAGCAGCUUUCAGCAGCAGCAGCAGCAGCAGGGACAGAGCCAGCAUCCCGUGCGGCAGGCACGUCCCAACUUUCAGAACUUGUACACACCGCCCGCGGCACGUCACGCCCAUGCGCUGAGCAUGGUCCAGCAGCUGAAGAAGUCCGCGAGCAGCAACAACUUUGAUCAGGCGUACAGCGACUAUGACAACGAGCUGCAGUACUACAUCAACGAUGAGGAUGAGCUGGGCACCACCGGCGCCUACUACUCCAGCAACGAGGAGGAGGACGAAGUGGAGCAGUCCCAGGGUUCCGUGCCGUUGACCAAUACGCGCAUGAACAAGGCGCUGCUGAUGCGCAUUGAACGGAGUAAGCAGCGUGUGGCGGGAGCGGGACAAACGCAAGCCAAACCCUCCUCAGCGCCAGCGGGAAAGCUAAACGCAGCGCAGACAGGCGCAGGCCUCGUGGCAUGUCCCAACACUCCCGAGCUGCCGCGACGUGGCAUCAGAAGUGCCUCGAGAGCAGCUCCAGGAUCGGCGCCCAAAACGCGCCAAUCCAUGCCACGCGAGACGAGCUUGAGUCGCUUGGCCCAGCAGGUGCCCAGCUCUCUGGCCAAUGCCAAGAAGCAGCUGCUGCAAACGGCCAAUGCCAGCAGGGAGCAGCGCGUGCAGCCCAAGUACAUGGACAUAUCCAAGUACAAGCCGGCGCAGUCCAACAGUUUUCUGCGCAAGAACGAUGCCAAGAGCACGCUGAAGCCGGCGGAUCAGAUGAAACGCAGUCCCAGUGCCAGCUCCAUGGGCCUCAGUCGUGGCGAGGGCACACGUGCCAGCAAUCGCAGCGUCAGAAGCAAUGUCUCCGCCAUGAAUACGAGCACAACGUCCCUGGGUGGCGGCACCCGCGCCUCAUCCGCUGCACGACGCGAUGCCUCAGCUAACAAACAAAAGGAGGCCGAGAUGGCCAUGUGGAAGCGUCGCUCCACUUAUGAUCCCAUGAAAGCAGCAGCCGAGGAUCGCCGCAGGAAGGAGGAAGCGCGUCGUGCACAGAGCCAGUCUCAGAGUCAGCAACAAAUGAACGAUGAGGCGGAUGAAACGCCUUUCGAGAGUGUUCUCCGCCCAACCAACAAUAUGACUAUCACGGGCGGGGGCCACGGCUACAGUCCUCGAAACUCUGUGGAAAACGACGCCUGGACGCUUGGUGAAUCCUCCGAAUAUGGCGAAUAUAUGGAUGACUAUGACGAGAACGAGGAAGCGGAGGCAGACGAGCAGCAGAUGCACGACUAUGUGGGCCAGGAGUCCGAUGAUGUGUUCGAAACGGAGACUGCUGAGGCAGCGGCACAGGGCAGCGUCGAGUAACAACAACAACACAAAGCGAACCAGCAACAGUGAUAUAUAAAUUCGAUAUAUAUACAUAAUAACGAUAUAUAUGUACAACAUAUUGUAUGAAUUAACCUGCUCUGAGUUGAUAUCUAAAAUAUUUCUUUCUGGCCUCUGUUCGAUUUAUUUGUUUGAAGUUUAUAAUUUUUGAUUAUCACAAACAAUCAUCGAAUAACCCAAAUAAACUGAAUCAUGCUUAGCGAUAGAUA